AUACGACAGCCGCGAGUCGUUUCUUGCAUGCGUACUAGUUAAGUGGCUGAAAGCUUGGGCUGCCGAUCAACAGUUAUUUUGCUCGCCUGAGGAAGGAUUUGGACUGGAAUUCCCUUCAUUAGAAGUCCGCAUUGCACUCCGAUGAUGCUGGAAGAAUUGUUUUGGGUCGCCCUCAUCCCAGGGAGUACAUUGUUGGCGUUUUUCCCGUGUCUGGUGCAGUGAGAGACGCCCCUCGUCGACCGUUCGUAUCGAGUGUUCAAGAGGAUUUUCAAAAGAGUUGCAAGGGACCGUAAAACUUCUUUAUCCUCGUGAAUUUGAUAGGAUUUUCCUGUUCUGCUAGUUUGUUUUGAUCAUCGAUUGUACUUUGAGCGUUCCUAGAGGACGGGAGCACGUGAAUAGUACCAUUUUCUUAGCUGUGUUGCGGAAAAAACGGACUGCUAAGGUUUGUUUUGAACAACUCCUACUCGCGAGUGACUGACCUCCACAGAAAAGAGGUGACCCCGGAGGCGUCCCGCUUCCCGUCGCUUUUCCCCUCAGAUUUUCCGCUCCGUUUGCGACGCAGUUUGUUGUUGUUGUCCUUCGACUUCGAUGUAGGGUAAUUCCGGCGAGAUGAACAGGAACAAACGUCCCGGUUCGGGCGGGCGGGAGAAGCAGAAGGGAGGUAAACACUGGUACCAGCGCGUACGGGACACCCUCGUGUCCAGAACUGAGGACGGUAGCUUCAACUUCACAAUAAAGGGAGGGGCCGAGAAUGCACUCUUCACCUUCAUUGGGGAGGCUAAACACGACAAAAUCGUCUACAGGGCGGGAAAGCUCCACUCAGACGACAUCAUUCUGGAAGUAGAUGGGGCAAAAGUGGCCGGGUUCACCCUGAAAGACGUCCAGGAGCUAAUCAAGGACAGCAAGGACCCGGUGUCUCUGAAAACUGUCAAACCAGGGCAAGGACUGACCAAGGACCUGCGGCAGUACCUGAACACCAGGUUCCAGAAGGGCUCUGUCGACCAUGAUCUACAGCAAACCAUCCGCGACAACGUCUACCUGAGGACAGUACCCUGCACGACCCGAGGGCCACGCGAGGGUGAGGUGCAGGGGGUGGACUACCAGUUCCUGACAGUGGAGGAGUUUAUGGCCUUGGAGAAAAGUGGAAAUCUACUAGAAAGUGGUCUGUACGACGGUAACCAUUACGGAACUCCAAAGCCACCUAAGGAAGCUUCAGCAGGCUUGAAAAAGUCCAGUUCUACCGGUGAUCUACGACCCGGGUCCCACCCUUCAUCAGAGGGCAAGAGGAAACGUAACCAGUCCAAUGUGGAAAGCCCCAAAAGCACCAUCAAUGGGAGAGCAGGUGAUGAGAAGGAGGUGGUAGAGAGGAAAAGAAGUGAUUCCAUCACCAUGGCGACGGAGCAGCAGGAUCUUGGCCCGCUGCCCGACAACUGGGAGGUGGCGUACACCGACAAUAAUGAGAUGUAUUUUAUCGACCACAACACAGGGACGACCCACUGGGACGACCCACGGCUCCAGGAGGGGGGGCAGGAUGGGGGUCAGCAAAAUGUGCCAAACCAGGGAGAGGAUGCAGAAGACGAGCUGCUGCCAUAUGGCUGGGAGAGGAUAGACGAUCCACACUACGGCACUUACUACGUCGAUCAUGUCAACCGCAGGACGCAGUACGAGAAGCCCACCAUGGAUGCCGACAAGAUUCCCAAAGAUGAUUCCUCCACCCACCCUGCCUCCGAAUCCGAGCGCACAUCCCCUCCCCCUGACAAUGGUAAAGAUCCUGAUGAUUCCGAAAAUUCUCCCCGUGACGAUCAGUCCGAUAAAGCUCCGCCUUCCGCCGGCGGCUCCGAAACCGGUCCGCCUCCCCCUGCAGAGGCUGAGAAUGCGUCCAAAGCGUACUUCACUAGUAAUCCAGAUGAGCUGAUGGGAGAGAUGAUCGAGACUCUGCUGGUGAAGAGCGAGCGAGGGUUCGGCUUCACCAUCGUGGGGGGUGACGAGCCAGGGGAGUUCCUACAGGUGAAAAGUGUGGUGCCAGGUAGCCCUGCCGCUGAGGACGGCAAACUGGAAACAGGUGACGUGAUAGUGUUUGUGAACGACACCUGUGUCCUGGGCUACACCCACAGUGACGUGGUGGGACUCUUCCAGACCAUCCCGCCAGGUCAGAGGGUACGCCUGGAGUGCCGCAGGGGCUACCCUCUGCCCUUUGACCCGGAUGACCCCAACACAAACGUUGUGACUUCUGUUGCCAUAGCAAUGCCCACCACCAGCACGGUGGACAGUCUAGUAUCUAGGUACAAUGGGGACCAGCCGGACAGACUGCCGUUCACCCCGCCGCAGCGCCCCACCCAACCCUUACACACCGUACAGUCAUCCUUCUCAAAAUCCAUGCCAGACAUUUCCGCUCGACCCAGGCAUCAGCACGAGAGGUCGCUGACCCCGGAGCCGGGUCCCCAUCCCAACCGGGCCUCCACCGGGUACUUUUACGAGGAUGGCGUGAGUUUACGCCCCGAGGAGUUAAAACCGGAGUACGUUACGGUCCACAUAGUGAAGGGAGAUCGCGGAUUCGGCUUCACUAUUGCUGACAGUGCGUAUGGACAGCGCGUGAAACAGAUUCUGGACGAGCCGCGGUGUAAGAACCUGUGUGUCGGAGAUGUGUUGGUGGAGAUCAACGGCACAGAUGUGCGGCAGUGCACACACAACGAGCUGGUGGGGAUUCUUAAGGAGUGCACCAAGGGCAAGGAGACGACCAUUAUUGUGCAGAGGGGAGGAAUCCUACAGCUGCAGGGGAAAGGCAAGAAGGGGACGCCGUCCAAACAGCCGAUCCUUCCCAUGGCUCAGGACGGGCUUCUGGGGCGACGGGCUGCCGACUACGGGUACCAAGGGCCGCCGUCUCACCUGCGGGCUGCCGACCUGGCGGAAAAUGGCAGACAAGACACCCACCCUGUGUCGUCAUAUGGCACCUUGCCACGUGCCCCACCCAGGCCUGCUGAGCCCACCAUGUACAACGGCUAUCAGUACAACCCACCAAACAGGAGUCCUUCCAGGCCCAACUAUGAGGCGCCCCCACCCCCAGUGAGGAUGGACUCGGAGGUCCCCUCCCCUCCUGUGCGGAUGGACCAGCCGCCGAGCGCUGACGAGGCAUGGCAGGAGAUGACUAUCUUCCUCAGGAGGCAGGAGAGCGGCUUCGGCUUCCGCAUCCUGGGAGGACAGGAGGAGGGCAAACCGGUGUCAAUAGGUGCUAUAGUCCCGGGGGGAGCUGCGGACCUGGACGGGCGGCUGCUGUCGGGCGAUGAGCUGCUGUAUGUGGACGGGGUGGCCGUGCAGAACGCCUCGCACCACAAGGUGGUUUCGCUAAUGGGCCAGGCAGCACUGGCGGGGAAAGUGUCCCUUGGAGUUCGGCGCAGGCUGCAAGACAUGGUUAGUCAGCCCCCAGUCAGACCAGCCAUGGUGAACGACUUCAGGCCGGCCCCACCUGUGGUCUCACCUGUCGUCACCUACCCGUAUGACGUCACCGUUCACAGGAACGAGACAGAAGGCUUCGGCUUCGUCAUCACUUCGUCAGCUGCAAAAAGUGGAGCCAAAAUUGGCCGAAUCAUCCCCAGCAGUCCCGCGGAGCGCUGCGGCCAGCUCGCCGUGGGGGACCACCUGGUGGCGGUAAACGGGAUCAGCAUACUCAACCUGUCACACAGCGAGAUCGUCAACAUCAUUAAGGAGUCUGGGCUGAGAGUCACGCUCAAGAUCUCUCCCCCUGAUGAUCCUGGCACUCCAGGUGCAGCUCCUACAAACAAUGGCAGCAUGAUGAAUGCUGUGGCCACCCCUGCCAUAGCAGACCAGACUAACGACAGCUUUGGGGAAGGGCAGAAGGAGAGCAGAACAAGAGAAGAAAUCCUGGAGUGGCACCGGAAGGAGAUGCAAAAACGUGAAGACCUGAUCCGGCGGCAGCAGUCCACACCUACCCUGCCUCCUCAGGCCCAGCACUCUCCCUACCAGCAGCCCCAGCAGCACUCCCCAGGGCUGCCCCCACCCCAGCGACACUCCCCGGGCCUGCCCCCACCCCAGCACCACUCCCCAUCCCAGCCCUCGUACCCUCCCCACCAGCCGCUGUCAGUGCAGACACACUACCCGCCCCCACCCACGUCUCAGAUGCAGCAUCCCCCCUCCCCCAGGAGAGUGGGGCCACCGUCCUCUCCAGGCAGAAGAUCACAGGAUUCCACUGGGAAGGAGGAGUAUCAUAUGGUAUCUGUACAGCGUGGCGUGCGAGGUUUCGGGUUCAGUAUACGCGGCGGCAAAGAGUUCACCAUGCCGCUGUUUGUCCUGAGGAUUGCGGAUGACGGGCCGGCUGCUAGGGAGGGAAGGCUGAGGGUUGGAGACCAGAUUAUGGAAAUCAACGGGCGCAAUACCAACGGCAUACUGCAUGCAGAUGCUAUAGAGAUGAUCAAGAGUGGAGGCAGUGUUGUCAGGCUGUUUGUGAAGAGGGGAGGAAAAGUGCCAAAUUUAGAUGUCCCCCCAGUCCCCUCUCCUGUGGGCCAGCAGCCCCCCACACCACCCAUCCGGAUGUCCUCCGGGAUCACAGCCAACGGGCCUCUUCCGAAACAGUCAGCCAACAGUCCCCACGGCUCCGCAUACAGCUGGGACGGGCACAACCCACCUUACCAACCCAACACGUACAGCCGACCCAGCCCCAGCACCAUGGGACGGCAGCCCAGCUCCAACUACAUGGACCCCAGAAGUGUGAACUACGACAGGAUGGGGCGACACCCCAGCACGUCAUACAUGGACCCCACGUCACGACCCGGUCCCCCCGAGUACACCCGGCCCCCAGCUUCUCAGCCAGACCCCAGGGCAAUGAAUUAUGCCGACAUGCGGUACACGCAGGGGUACGGACAGCCAUACGUGGUGGAUUCCCCAGGACGGAGGGACUAUGCUGACCCGCCCGUCAGGCAACCGCCACAGAACUAUGUCGAUUCCAUGGGUAGGCCACACCCAAGGUACUGAGUACAUGUGAUAAACAACAGCACUGGCUGCCAAAUUGAAACUACUGAAUUCUGUAUAUAAAUAUAUAUAUACAUGAAGGCUUCCUGAUGAGUUCUGAUUAAGACAUGGAGGCCUGGAGGACUUAACUGGAGUUUGCUUUUAAGUUAUCUGUUGUCGUUGUGCAAACGGUUGUUGUGUGGAAAAGCAGAAGUUAGUUUGUUGUUACAGAGCUGUGCACAGAAAAGACUCACCAUUCCAGUUCAGUGUACUUACAGUUCAACUGUAUUCAUUUCUCAUAUUUUAUUAAGACACUGUAUUUACUUAAACCAGUGUUGGUAUUUCUUAAUAUAUAUAUUUCACCACUUCUCACCACAUGGCAGGACCACAUCAAGUAUUAGCCUCAACAGUUGUAAUUUUAUACUCAUGUUAUCUUACAACCUGCUGCCAAUUAUUAUUCAAGAUCUCAGACUGUAAGAUUACCCCUAAACUGUACGCCACCUAACCAAGAAUUGUGUAGCUGCACUUAGUACUCUACGUAAAUGUGGCACACUUUACAGUACAGCACAAGGUCACUGCAUUUCACAUGUCAGUACUCAGCAGAUGUAAUACGAUCUUAUCCUGCACAUUGUUUUUGUUUUGGGUUACCAAGAUUUGGGUUACUUUCAUUUGGGAAAGUAUGCUACUUACAAAACAACUCUGAUAACUUUUACUGGCUAUGCUGUCAUGAAUAUUGAAAACAAAACAUUUGAAUUCUCUAGGAGAAAAAUUGAUGUGUUUUCUUUUGUAUUUUAUAUUUUUAAGAAUAUUUUAAGAACUCCAUGUUGGCUUGUUUACUAACGAACAAGAGUUAAGAUACAAACCUGACCCUAACCAGAUUUUGGCUUGUACAUAAAGGAAGAAGUGGUGCAAAUACCAUAUGUAAGAUAUGAUUAGAGCAGCACUACUUGAUAACAGAAGAUCUGCUAGUUUUGUAGAAGAAAUGUUUAUUUUCUACCAUGUAGUAGAUUUGACAAGGAGUACUAGCAUUUCAUGUGUAUGUAUAUCUCAGGUCUUGUACAUGUCUGAAGCUCAAUACAACUUGGAACUCAUUGUUGGGUGAAAAGACUUUCAGUGUUUUUGUAACAUAACUCAUGACUCAAGACAGCUCAUGAAGUAUGGUCAAAAUAUCUUCAUAAUACAAUGCUGGCAAAAUGUAUCCCACAGCAAUAGCUCUUAUUGAAGUGUUUAUACACUAGAAAAAAAUGGGCCCGUUUUAAGUGGCAGGAAAGCUGUGUCAAAUCAAUGGGUACAAGAUAUUGAAAAUAAUGCUGAUUAAUUCCAUCAUUUGCAAGUUCAAAACAACAACGUUCAUGUUUGUAAUUUGAGUGAAAAUCAUUGUCAUGAAACAAGAAAGGUAACAAACGAUCAUGUUUCCCCUUAUAUAUCCAGUAACGCUAGUGAAACCCAUUAUUUGUUAGUAAUGUCUUUUUGGCAGCUACUUAUUCCCAGAAGACCUUGACAUUGGAAUCAAUUUUGAGGGAAGUAUAUUGAGAACCUCUCUUGUUAGGAUGUUGCUAUUGUGAGCAUUUAAAUGCAUGGCAUUGUGUACCAAGAUGAUGUGGACGCAAACACUUCAUCUGCUUUCAAAGAAGUUUAUGCUAGCACCAGCCAUUUUCACAAUAGUGAAUUGCAUUUUCAAUAGCCAGGAGUGUCAAUGACUGGGCUAGAAAAGAAAGCUGUAAUACAGACAAAACUCUCUAGGUGGCACUCCGGAAUGGAGUCUCGCUUAAAGGCUUUGUUGUUAGUAAUAUCUGUGUGUGGUCAUCUAAUGUUGAGUCCUGUCAGAAAGUUUUUUUUUACUGUUUUAAUCAAUUUUAUCUAUGUUUGCCAGCUACGAUCUUUUAUUCUCCUGAAUAUAUCAUCAUACUUGUAAAUAACACCUACCAUGUAUAUGUUGAUCUCUUUUGUAACGUGCCCUAAUCUUGACCACGAUUUUUAUGUAUAGAAUUUCUAAGAAUAUGAGCAAGGCAUUUUGAUAGAAUCUUGGAUUAACAUCGUAAAAGGGCCAUGAUUGGCUGCUGACCUAUUUGUGCAGACCAAUGAGAUCAACCUGAUUCUUGCCAACGGAACAGUCUCAUUAAACAGUUGCCUUACAGUUACCUGUUA